GCAGUUAAAUGGAAAGAUUCGACAUUGGUGGAUUCUUCAGCUUUUCUUCAACAUUUCAUUUCGUGAUCUUUUUACAUUGUGGGGCUGUUGUACUAUUGUUUGUUUGAUGCAACCUCAACCAAAGUUCUCCUCCAGCUCCCAUUCGAAUGUUCUGCUCUUGAGUUUUUUGUGUCAAUUUCGGGUUUUUUUCUUUUUUUUUUUUCUUUUGUGGGAUUUCUUUCAUCUGGUACUGAUUGCGUUUGAUCUCCGAUUCGGCUGAUUUCCCUGUGCCAUUCAUCGUUCAUUCCUUUCCAAUUAGGUGAGCAUGUGGGAAGGGAGAGACAUGAAAGGGGUUUCUAUUUGGCAGCUGCUUCUGCAAUGGAUGACAGCUCUCCCCAGAACUCAAAAUCUCCUAUUCCUGUUGUGCCAACUAAAGCACCAGAGAAUGACCAGCAUUUUCUAUUGUACUUCAUCGCCGGUAUCUACUUUGGGCCUAACCUCAAAGGCGAAACAGCACCAAAGUCUGCUCUACAGAGACUAGCUGAGAAAUUGCCUCCCUAUACUUCUGAUCAACUUGCUGGAUCUCUCAUGAAGAUGGUGGAAGUAGAGCGCAUAUUUUAUUAUGUCUUGAGGAAGGCUGAUGAAUCUCUUAUUAUGAAGAUGUCUUUAUUACAUCAGUUCUUCCAAGGCAAAUUUCCCUCACAAGGACGAGAUACUAGUUCUCCUCAGUUUCCUGAUCUUUUUCCACUUGAACUACAUCCUCAUACUCGGUCCAAGAAUUGGUAUAGGUAUAUCGAGAGCCUUUUGUUUAUCAACAACCCAGAAGUCUACUACCUGAAUCCGGAAGAUGUUGAAAGGUUUAAGAGGCUAACAGGACUGAAUGACUUCUUUUUGGAUAGAGAUGCAGCCAGAUCACACAAUUCGUCAGCUCGUAAAGCUUCACUCAAUGUUGAAGCUACAGAGAACAGAUCGAAUAAAGAGUUCUCUCCUCUUAAGGAUGAUCAGCAACAUGACUUAGUUACUUCACCUGUUCGUAGUGUUCCAUAUAAUGGUAAUUUGACACCUCCACAUACCAAUUCCGACUCUAAUCUUUUGGAGAAGAAAUUUGGUCCAGCAAUGCUAUUUCUUCCCGGACAACCAUCUGAAGAAGAUUGGGCGAAUCUAGUAGCUGCUACAAAUACAGGAUUUGCAUUGACUGGAACUGCAGCAAUGGGAAACGUUGGACCAAUAAUUGGAUCAAUGGACAUUGGAGAAUGUGAAGACUCGUACUUGUUUCGUGUGUCUCUUCCAGGCGUUAAAAGAGAUCCAUGUGGAUUUAACUGUGAAGUUGAAAAGGAUGGGAGAGUGGUGAUAAAGGGAGUUACAACAACAGGUGAGAGAACAGUGAAAAAACAUUCUCAAGUGUUUGAAAUGGUAACUCACAACCUGUGUCCACCAGGAGAGUUUUCACUUUCAUUUCAACUACCUGGCCCUGUUGAUCCUCAACAUUUCUUAGCUAACUUUGACAUUGCUGGGAUUCUUGAAGGUGUUGUGAUGAAAGAUUUACAGUCAUGAAUAUUAGCAAUUUAAUUUUAUGCCUUGAUUCAAAGGAUAAUAAAUUAUAUCCAAUUUUCAAGCUCUAUAGAAGCUGAUUUAUUAGUCA